CAACGAAAAUAGUGGGGGGAGCGAAGCGAACGGCCUACCGCCGAAUGUUUUGCCCUAUUGUUCGGGGAUGUCGCGAAAAAGGAUGGAUUUCGAGUAUUUUGACUGACUCCGUCCUUGGGCGAGGCGAAUUUCCACGCGGUGGCGAUGUGCUUUGCGCCCGUCGAGAUGGGACUAGUGCACUGCGACGAGCGUGAACUGCGGUAAUACCGGUGGAAAAACAUCCGAGGAAACCCACGAGCGACUCUUUGUCAUGGACAUGCAGGCUUCUAAUGGAAUGGAUAUGUGUAUGAAUACAGUGUAUACUUCCAUCCCUGGAUUUCCCGAACAACUAGGGAUGGUAUGGAUGGCGGAUAUGAUGAUGGGGGAGCCCGCUCACGAGCUCAUGCUGGAUCCUCGCCAAAAUGAGAGCCCAUUCUUCUCACACGGUUCAAAUCCCUACGAAGAUCUUCGAAACCACCUGGCUUCUACCACUAUGGUGCGCCUCAUACCACAACAGUUCUCAAAUGAAUGUUCGGAGCCCGACGAAGCGAUGGAAGCUGCAGACGCCCAUGAGAUGGGAGAUUACGAUUCGCAGUCCGAGAGGCCCGAGAUAAAUGAAUAUUUGUCAUUGGAAGAUUACAUGGGUGAUGAAGAACGAGAGCAAAUUGUGAGCAACGCGGCGACUCAGACUACACAUGACAAUCGCAAUCGAAAAAUAAAACCCAUAAAGCAUCCAGGACUUGUUUUAAAAACGCCAAUUGCUUAUCAGCCUCAUACUGAUUUAAAUUUUAUUCCUAUUCGCAAAGAUGGUAUAGCUGUUUGUGCAAAAUGUGGUGCUAUUGGAGUAAAACAUGCCUUUUAUACGAAGGAGCGUAGAUUUUGCAGCAGAGCGUGUGCGCGUUCUUCAGAACGCACAACGCCUACUGCAGACUCCACUUAUAGUCCAUCUCACUCGAUGGAUCAGCUAAUAUCUACGAAUCAAAUGUCCUCUGUUGAAACAAAACCGACGGAUAUUGUAAAAGAAGAAGUAGAUGUUAAGGAAUCCAUCGAAGCAGAAAAAGACAAAGUUAAAUUAGAACCAGUAAUGCCAGAGGAUUUACCAGUUAGAAGAAAGAGAACAGCGGAAAUGGCAGGUUCUUACGACUGGACACCACAGCUUGUUGAACACGGAUUUUGCGCUGCGCCAGUCUCUUGUUUCAAACAUGCUCCCAUAUCAGAGAUUUGGGAUAAUAUCACGGUGGGUAUGAAAGUGGAAGUAGAAAAUACCGACUGUGACGAAGUGUGUGAGGCUUUCCCAGAUUCGUUUUGGGUCGCGACUGUAUUACGUAUAUGCGGAUACAGAGCUCUGUUAAGGUACGAAGGUUUCGGGCACAAUGCAGACAAAGAUUUUUGGGUAUCCCUUUGCUCUAAUGAUAUUCAUCCCGUUGGUUGGUGUGCUACAAUUGGAAAACCUCUUAUUCCACCUAACACGAUCGCAAACAAGUACAAAGAUUGGAAGGAUUUUUUGAUGAGGCGAUUAACCGGUGCGAGGACGUUGCCAACAAAUUUCUACAACAAAGUGAACGACAGCAUGAAAUCUCGUUUUCGAUGUGGUCUCCAUUUAGAAGUGGUAGAUAAAAACAGAAUCUCGCAGGUGAAAGUGGCAACGAUACAGAAGAUUGUUGGUAAACGUUUGCACGUGAGAUAUUACGAUUCGCCGCCGGAGGAUAACGGGUUUUGGUGCCACGAGGACUCGCCGCUUAUACAUCCAGUCGGUUGGGCCAGACGAGUGGGACAGACGCUGGAUGCAUAUCCCGAGUACUUGGACCGUAUCUCUAAAUCAAAGUUAUCCGAGGACGAUGCGACGGAGAAUCUUUUUCAUGUGCCAAAGAAUCAUCACAUGCAUCUCGCGUACACAUUUAAGGAAGGGAUGAAAAUGGAAGCCAUCGACCCGCUCAAUCUUUCGGCUAUAUGCGCGGCGACGGUUAUGCACGUUUUGGAAAAGGAUUACAUUAUGAUUCGCAUCGACAGUUACGACGAAGACGCGAGCGGCGCUGAUUGGUUUUGCUAUCAUUCGUGUUCACCGUGCGUCUUUCCAGUUGGCUUUUGUUCCCAGCACGGUUUACCCUUGACACCGCCAAAGGGGUACGAUUCUACCACAUUCACAUGGGACUCAUAUCUAACGGAGACCAACAGCAUACCUGCUCCUAUGCAGUUAUUUAAUCGGGAAAUUCCUCAACAUGGAUUUAUCGAAGGAAUGAGACUCGAAGCUGCUGAUUUAAUGGACCCUAGAUUAGUUUGUGUUGCUACUAUUACCAGGGUGAUUGGCAGAUUGCUGCGAGUACAUUUCGAUGGUUGGGAAGACGAGUAUGAUCAAUGGUUAGAUUGUCAAAGUCCAGAUAUUUAUCCCGUUGGCUGGUGUGAUCUUGUCGACCACAAAUUGGAAGGGCCGCGUGUACUUGUAAAAAACACUAGUCCUACUGUAAAAUCACCAAGAGGCCUUAAACGUAAAGCUAAGAGAAGAAUGAAGAAAGGUAGCAAGCUGUCUUGCUCCAAGAAUAUACUACCUCGUCAGAGCGAACGUAUUAGUAUGGCUCGCGAACGCGGGCGGGAAUUGGAACCUGCUCAAGGAACGAAAGUUGAAAGGCAGCGUUACGUAGAGAGUCUACCGGAGCAGAGGAGCAGAGAGCCGGAAACAGCGCAAGAGCCAGCUGGACCUGACCAAACUUUACCUAGUCCUACUACUGGACAAGGUCAAGCAUUGAACGACACGCAGAGCGAAGUACAGAAUCCUGCACCACCCAAGGAGAGAACCGCUACGUCAUAUAUUAAUGUUACUCCAGCAAGUAAUAAAUAUAUACCAAGGCUAGCAGAUGGUGUGCAAAGAAGUUCGGAAUCUGGUGAUCUAGUGCCAUCUGAGUGGAACGUCUUUGAUGUUGCACAAUUUCUUCGAGUUAAUGAUUGUGCGACGUAUUGCGACAAUUUCAGUAAGCGUAAAAUAGAUGGAAAGACAUUGCUGACUCUCACUAAGGACCAAAUAAUAGACCUGACCGGUUUCAAAGUUGGACCUUCUCUAAAGAUAUUUGAUUUAAUUCAGCAAUUAAAAAUCAAAGUAAAUCCAGCUCAGGAAAGGUUGAAACUAGGAUUGAAGAAAUUAUUAUAACAAAACUAGUAUAUAUAGUUAGCGUUAUAAAUAAGUUUCAUCAUUACGCAAAUUAGACAUGGAUUUACAGGUAAGGCAUGUGAAAUAACGAUAAUUAAAAUUAUCUUUAAUAUAAUUUGGUACGUACGUUAUUUGUUACGUACUUUACUGAUGUACUAAAGAAGUGUUAAUAGAUUUUUUAUAGUUUAAAACGCAUAAAAUUUAGAUGCUGUAUGAUUUAUCAUGAUUUAAGACUUUUCCAUUCUAGAGGACAGUUGGGAUUUAAUUUUUGAUGUCUUAGUUCAGAUAAAUCAUUUUAUUUCUUUAUUUUAAUUUGUACUUCAACUGUAAACAAUUCUGAAACUGUAAAUGUUACAUAAAAAUAAUUUUCUAUAUUCUGCAUUUAUCGAUCGCAUUGUGUGUAAGUAGAGCUGGCAAUAGAAAAGUUUCAAUAAGUUCAUGUUAAAUUUUAAUUAUUAUAAUUUAUUAUAAUUCUAAAUUGUAAUAAUUUAAAAAGUAAUUUUAGUUUUGAUAAUAAGAAAUAAUGCAUGCCGUUCUGUAUACAAGCGAUCAAUUUGUUGAGACUUUCCAGAUUUUAUUUUGACUCUCAUUCCAUAUAUGAUUUAUUUAUAAGAAUUUUAUUGAUCCUCUAGCGACAUUGUCAUUAAAAAAAUACGAUAAUACGAGAUUUUUCACUUGUAAAAUGGUAUUUUUGAGUAAAAUUGACUUAAAAAAAUUGUUUUUUAAAUCGAUUUUACUCA